AUGUCGUCAACCUCGGGCGAAGUCUGCGAGCUUUGGAACGGCCAAGAGGUCGUACGAUGUAUGGGAUCAGCCCCGGUCGUGGAAUUUAUAUGCGUAUUACCCGAGGAUGAUGGAAGUGAUCAAGACGGACACAGGAAUUUCAAAAUCACCGUGAGGUCGCUGAAGGAUAAAGGGGAAGAAGAAUGCCUUGAUGAGAUAGAUCUAAACAUCAAAGACGAUUUACAGCGCUGGCGUUCGUCACUCCGCGCCGAGAGAGAUCCCGAGCAAAGGUCACUCGGUUCUUCGCCAAAAAUCACCAUAUUGCGGAAUGCUAAGUUAUCCGCACCAAACAUCUCCUGA